AUGAUAGAUUUAGGUCGAUUGUUUAUAAUAGGAGUAACGUUUUUAAUAAGUUUCCUAGCAUAUACCUCUCAAAUUUUUAUAUUUUGGGAUCAUUUAGGAGGAUUAAAUGUAGAUUGUUUAAAAGUACUAAUACCAUUUAAUGUUUGUGUGAUAAUGAUUUUUUGGAAUUAUUAUCUAACAUGUACUACAGAUCCUGGUAGAGUACCUAAAGGCUGGUAUCCGGAAGAGAAUCAAGAAAAUGUCGAAUUAAAGCGAACGACACGCGCUCCAAGAUAUUGUAAGACAUGCGCUGCAUUCAAGCCACCAAGAACACAUCACUGUCGUACUUGUCCAUGGACCAACAACUGUGUGGGACAUUAUAAUCAUGGGCACUUCAUCAGAUUUGUAUUUUGGGUUGAUGUAACAUGUACAUUUCAUUUUAUAUUAAUGAUAAGAAGAACUGCAAAAAUCAUUCAAGAUAUGGCUUAUUACAGGGUUGAUAGUGAACCUACAACAACGGAAACAAUCUUUUUAAUAUUAAAUUAUAUUGCAGUUAUACCGGUAUUAUUUUCAGUUGGUAUAUUAAGCUUAUAUCAUUUUUAUUGUAUGUUAUCAAAUACCACAACAAUUGAAAGUUGGGAAAAAGAUAAAGUUUCAACAAUGGUCAGGAGAGGAAAGAUCAAGGAGAUUGUAUUUCCUUAUGAUAUAGGAAUAUAUAAAAAUAUCAAAUCAAUACUUGGGAAUAAUCCAUUAUUAUGGUGCUUACCACGAAAAAUGCAUGGAACUGGAUUAUCUUACCCUGUAACUAAAGAUGCAGAUCCAACAAUAUGGCCACCAAAAGAUCCAACUUUACCAUUAUCAAAUUCAGCGAAACCAUGGAACGAUAAUAAGGAAGGUGAUGAUAUAUUUGUUACUGAUUCAUUGUUAGACAAUGAAAUCAAGAAGAGGAGAAGAAAUACUAGAAAAAGUACUAGUAGCGAUAUAAUAAUACAACAAAAUGGAGGAGAAUUUAAAUAUUCACAGAGAAAAAUUAGGAGGGAUAGUGAAGGAUAUAUUGUUAAAGAUAUUACUUUGGAAGAAAAAGGACAUUAUUAUGGUGAAGAAGGAGUAGAAGAUGACUUUGAUAGUGAGGGUAGUGUUAUUUAUCCUAAACUAUAUCAAAAUCCAUAUGAGGAUGACGAUAAUUUACCUAUUGGAUUAAUGAUUGCUAAAAAACAAUUAGAAGCCAUGAAUGUCACAUCGGAUUUUCAAGCUCAUAACCAUAGUAAUGAGGAUGACGAUAAAGUUAUGGCAUAUACAAUUAACGAUAAUAAUGAAAUGAAUGAUAUGAAAAAGAGUUAA